AAAUCCGAACUCCCUAAGGAUCUCAAGAAGACGUGGUCUCCACACUUGAGAAAGUAUAAAAAGGAGAUCAUUCAUAACUCGUCUCAAAAUUGGCGCUCCCUUCAAUCCAAACCCGCGCAGUAUCCUCUCCGUCCUUAAUUUUAAUGUUGCCCUAACUCCAACUGGCUUAAUCCUUAAAUUGCUCACUUUCUCGCCGACGUUGUCAGCUUCAAUCCCGAUUGUCAGUAAGCUAAACCAAGUUUGGGUGAUAUUGUUCGGCAACAAUUGAAGCGGUUGGGUGAUAUUGAUUGGCAACAAUUGAAGUGGUUCUGACUUUGAUAAUAGACAAUUGAGACUUCUUAAGGUUGAAGAAAUAAUGGAUGAAACAUUGCUUCUUCCUGGGUACAGAUUCAUUCCGAACGACAAGGAACUUUACGUCGACUAUCUUUACCCGAAAAUCACCGGUCAAUUGUCGCCGGUAUUGCAGAGAAUAGUACCCGACUGUGAUUUGUAUGGCACCGAAGAACCUUGGAUGGUUUGGAAGCGUUUUGGCGGAGAUGAAUUGGGUGGCCUCGGAGAUCUCUAUUUCUUUACCAAGCUCAAGAAAACAAACCCUAGAUCAUCAAGAGUUGAAAGAUCGGUUGGUAAAGGCACUUGGCAUGGAGAAAAUACUGGAGUUCCACUUCUGCUCGAAGAAAUUGGACAGACCGGAAUGAAGAGAAGGUUUUGUUAUAGGAGUAAAACUUUGUCUAAGCAACAACAAGAAGGGCACUUUAUAAUGCAUGAGUACAGUUUUCCUAAUAUAAAAUCUAAUUUGGUUUUGUGUAGUUUAAGAAAGAAAGACGCCUUUUCUGUUUCUUCUCCUGGAAGUAAGAAGAGAAAACUUGAGAAGGGGUUGAAAAUAGUUUGGUUAUGGAGGAGAGGAUGGAAGAUUCAUCCAAGAAGAGAAAACUUGAUGAAGAAGGGGUUAUUGUUGAUAGUUCUAUUAUCAAUGAACCAAUGGGAUUUAAUAUGUGUUUAUCCAUGGACGAAUUAAUGGGAUAUCCACAAAGUUCAAAUGGUGAUGAUGAGUAUUUGGACUUUCAUAAUUGGUUAGCUGCUGCUGAAUCUGCAGUUCAUGAGCAGGAGACGGAACAAAGCUCAAUUGAGGAUGAUGCAUGGGGAUGAAAAAUGGUUGGAUGCUAAACUUGGACUUCUUUAUCAGAUGGUACAUAAGAAAAACUAGUUGAGUUGAGGAGAUUAAUGAGUAGGUCUUAUAAAAAUAUCAAUAGCUUCUGUAAAUUCAUAUUCAUACUCCAUUUAUACAGGAAAUUACCACGUAAAUCUGUUCGUUCUUUUUUCAACUUUUUUUUUUUUUUUUUUUUUUUUUUUUUUUUUUUUUUUUUUUUUGUUAUAUUAGGUAGAAGGAACCUUUUUUUAGUCGUUGCAGCUUCUUUUAUAAGCACUUUAUGAUUAAUGGGCUCACCAAAUUUUGCAUAA